AUGGACUCCGCCGCCGACGGCGACAGCGAGCACUGCGACUGCGAGAGGAAGCAGGCCACCGGUGGCCGCGUCAAGUGCGAGGGCGUGGUGUUCACGGUGACAGGGGGCAACGAGGUGGCCUUGGUGACGAGGGGCGGCGCGACGCGCGCGCUGGGCAGCGAGAGCUACUUGGACGCGAGCACCGGCACGCGGCACCACUUCGUGGACGUGCAGGGGAAGACCGAGGCCAUGCUGUUCCUGGUGUCCGUGCGCGAGGACCAGCGCCGCAUCGUCGCCGUCCGGAGGUUUUGUUAG